UCAACUCAGGAAAAUCCAAUCGAAUACCUGAGAUUUCCUCUCACAAAAUCCUCUCAUUUUCCGAUAAAUCUUCUCUUUGUAUUGCGAUUUUCGCUCAGAAUUCAAAUCGAUUUCUGGGUUUUCUCUGAGAGAUCUGCUAUUUUUCUUGAGAAAAUUCAAAAAAUUUUAUUGAAAAGCGUAUUUGAAACUCCUGAAAAUAGUUGUUUCUACCCACUUUUAUUAGCAGUUUUCCUCUUCUUAUAGUUAUUUCCUCGUCAAAUCCAAUCAGUUUCUCCUGUAAUUCUGUUUUCUCCAAACUAAAACCAAUUCCCUGCAUUCAAUCCUACUUGGGUUGUGCUGUUUCCAGCGAAUCUCCAGCUUCCGGUUCUGUUUUUACGGAUUUUUCUUCAUCAAACAUGGAAUUUGGCCAAGAUCAUGAGAAUAGCAAUGACAAUGCCUCAAUGCAAAGCCUCUGCCUCAAAGAUCCAUUGAACUGGGGAAUGGCAGCUGAGUCUCUGAAAGGCAGCCAUCUCGACGACGUCAAGCGCAUGGUGGGCGAGUUUCGGCAGCCUUUGGUGAAGCUUGGAGGCGCAUCUCUGACUAUCGCACAGGUGGCCGCUGUGGCCCACGAGCCGACGGUGAGGAUCGAGCUAUCGGAGUCGGCGCGGGCCAGGGUCAAGGCUAGCAGUGAUUGGGUGAUGGAGAGCAUGAACAAGGGGACAGACAGCUAUGGUAUCACCACCGGGUUUGGUGCAACUUCACAUAGAAGAACCAAAAACGGAGAGGCCCUUCAAAGGGAGCUUAUAAGAUUCCUCAAUGCUGGAAUCUUCGGCGCCACCCAAGAAUCUGACCACACAUUGCCACCGACCACCACCCGUGCCGCCAUGGUGGUGAGGAUCAACACCCUCCUUCAAGGCUACUCCGGCAUUCGCUUCGAGAUGUUAGAAGCCAUCAUCAGCCUUCUGAACCACAAGAUCACCCCUUGUUUACCCCUCAGGGGGACGAUCACGGCAUCAGGCGAUCUCAUCCCUCUAUCCUACAUUGCGGGGAUACUCACCGGCCGGCCCAAUUCCAAGGCAGUCACAGCUGAUGGGAAGACGGUGGAUGCUGCAGAGGCCUUCCGCCUAGCGGGUAUUCCAACCGGGUUCUUUGAAUUACAGCCCAAGGAGGGCCUUGCUCUUGUAAAUGGCACGGCAGUGGGGUCCGGUCUAGCAUCCAUCGUGAUGUUUGAAGCCAAUGUACUAGCACUCCUCGCCGAAGUCCUAUCGGCAAUCUUCUGCGAGGUGAUGCAAGGGAAGCCAGAGUUCACCGACCAUCUCACGCACAAAUUGAAACAUCAUCCUGGCCAGAUCGAAGCCGCGGCGAUCAUGGAACACAUCUUGGAUGGGAGCUCUUACAUGAAGGUAGCCAAGAAGAUCCACGAGCUCGAUCCACUCCAGAAACCCAAGCAAGAUCGCUAUGCUCUCCGCACAUCCCCACAGUGGCUUGGCCCACAGAUUGAAGUGAUCAGAUCAUCUACCCGAUCGAUCGAACGAGAGAUUAACUCCGUCAAUGACAACCCCCUGAUCGACGUCUCCAGGAACAAGGCGCUCCAUGGUGGAAACUUCCAAGGCACCCCGAUCGGGGUCUCAAUGGAUAACACUCGGUUGGCGAUUGCAUCGAUUGGGAAGCUCAUGUUUGCCCAGUUCUCCGAGUUAGUCAAUGACUUCUACAACAAUGGCCUGCCGUCGAAUCUCUCCGGCGGGCGGAACCCAAGCUUGGACUAUGGAUUCAAGGGUGCUGAGAUCGCAAUGGCGGCCUACUGCUCAGAACUUCAAUUCCUUGCUAAUCCAGUCACUAAUCAUGUGCAGAGUGCGGAGCAACACAACCAGGAUGUGAACUCACUGGGACUGAUCUCAUCUAGGAAAACAGCUGAGGCUGUUGAGAUCUUGAAGCUGAUGUCGGCUACGUACCUGAUUGCAGUAUGCCAAGCCAUUGAUCUCAGGAAUUUGGAGGAGAACUUAAAGAACACAGUCAAGAAUACUGUAAUUCAAGUGUCGAAGAGGGUCCUAACCGUGGGUGCUAAUGGCGAGCUCCAUCCAUCGAGGUUUUGCGAGAAGGACUUGAUUAAGACCAUUGAUCGUGAGUAUGUUUUUGCAUACAUCGACGACCCAUGCAGCUCCACUUACCCACUCAUGCAGAAGCUGAGGCAGGUCCUCGUUGAGCACGCAUUGGUGAAUGGUGAUAAGGAGAAGGAUGCAAACACGUCAAUCUUCCAAAAGAUCAGUGAUUUCGAAGAGGAGCUGAAGACCCAUUUGCUGAAAGACGUCGAAGGCGUAAGGGAGGCAUUCGAGAUUGGAAAUUCGGCAAUUUCGAAUCUUAUCAAGGAGUGUAGAUCCUACCCUCUAUACAAGUUUGUGAGGGAAGAGCUUGGGACGACGUUGUUGACCGGCGAGAAGGUCCGGUCGCCGGGAGAGGACUUUGAUAAGGUGUUUACGGCGAUAUGCGAUGGACGGGUAAUCGAUCCACUCCUUGAGUGCCUGAAAGAAUGGAAUGGUGCUCCUAUCCCUAUCUGUUAGAACCACCAAAAGAUGGUUUUAUUACUUUCUUCUCUAUUAUUUCACUGCUUUUGUUUUUACAAGUAUGUGUUUGUGGUCAGAUAGAGUUUUGACCAUGUUUAUGACUGAAAAGUAUAAUUCUACGGAUGCGUUUGGUUUCCAUUGAAUAAGAAUUUUAAUGCAUUUUUCUCCA